AGCUCACUGUGAGUUGGUUGAGAUUGAAGAGACUGCGUUGAUAUAUCCAUGUAUUCGAAAUAAUAACCCUAAUUGGAAGCCGAAUUAUUGAAGAGAACGCCAUGGAAAUCCUGCACAAUCAGGGUGUUUCCGUCUUCCAUUGUCGCUCUCAUUCUGAAAAGGAGGUAGGUUCUGCUGCGCCUUACGGCUUCACCACUGUCCCGCACAGCGGCACUAAGUUUUCAGAGUUUCAGAUUCAAUAAUCUACUGACCAUUUCCGUAGAAAUUGUGGAGGAGUCUAAUGCACUAAAAUGUAUAAGUUUCGUUCACUAUUGCAAGCAUCCCUUGCUGCAACUAAAAGAGCACUCACAUGGAACCUGGAAGACUUAAUUCCUCCAAGUGAAAGAUAUAUUUUCAAUUUCAGCUCAAAGGAUGAACUGAAAAGGUGGCAUUUAUAUUCAGAUUCUGAAUAUGGAGGUCGGUCAUCUGCAUCUCUAGAGAUAAAAAGUACUAGUAAUGGAUCUACUUCCGUUGGAAUAUUUUCUGGAAACCUCUCUAAAGAUGUAGCCGAGGGUUCGACCUGGAAUAUGACUAGAAGUGGCUUCUGUGGAAUGAGGUCUAAAAAGUUUGAUGGCUUCAUUGACUUGGAUGCAUAUGACACGAUAGCAGUUAAACUGAAAGGAGAUGGGAGGUGCUACAUCUCUACAAUUUACACACAAAAUUGGGUAAAUUCCCCUGGGCAAGAAGAAGAUAACUCAUGGCAGGCGUUUGUUGUCGUACCUAAAGACAACUGGUACAUAGCUAAGAUACCUCUCUCCAGGUACGUGCCGACAUGGAGAGGGAACAUAAUUAAUGCAAAGAUGGAGAUGAAUCCGUCUCGUGUUCUCGGUAUGUCUCUAUCUGUGAAUGCCGAAGGCGGAGUUCCGGGCGCAGAGUCUGGCCCCGGAGAUUUUCACGUGGAGAUUGAUUGGAUCAAAGCCAUGCGAACCGGAUGAGCAGGCGGCUUUUGGAACUUGGAAAACAUUCUUCUUGUGGUUUGUUACUGCUCUAUGGUUUGUCUGGUUUCAUGUAACUUUGACAAAAGGCAAUUGUAGUGUGCUGAUAAAUAAUUAGAAGACCUAUGGACAAUUCUAAUGUCAUCAAUGGAAUUUGACAUAAAAAUACGGUAAAAUUUGUAGGACCAUUUUUUUUAUUAGUAAUAAGUUAUUCUUACCUUU